GCGAUAUAUCGGGACGCGGCCGCGGAUGUGAAUGGUCUCCGACGAUCGGGAUCGAAGAAACGCGCGUCGCUCGUGGCAGAUAAAACCGGACUUGCAUUCAGUGAGUAACGAGUCUUCGAGUGGCAGUUCUGCUGGCUGCAACCGCACUCACCACCGUGUGCCAUUUAGUGUCCAACAGGGACCAGAAACUUUCGAUAAUUGUUUCCACUCUGAUCAACCGUUAACCGUUCGGAACCAGUGAUCCCGAUUACCACUUUCAAGAUCAAAGAAAAUAAAUUAAAUUCGUUUCUUUCUGCACGAAUUUUCGCGCACCCUUCGAAAGACGAAAUCAGAUAGUUACCAUUUUUUGUGAAAGGAAAUAUUUAUUUUCGGAGUUCCUCAUAGGGCAUUUCGGUCAACGACACCGCGAGUGGCUUUUGCGAAAGUAUCGGGAAAUUGCAGGAUAGGAUUGCAGUCGCCAGUGAAAGGAAUUACGAAUAGAUUUUCAUUGGUACACAGUGGAUCGAUGAAAUUUUUAGCAAUUUUGAAGAUUGUCGACUGAUUUAAUUUGAGAAAUAACGUUUGCAAAUUUCGAAUCGAUACUUCGAAGAGGAUCGAUUCAUUUUUUGGAGAUAGUUUGCUGAUCGUGCGAAUGGGGGAAAUAAGGGGACUAUAUGGAAUAUACGUGGGAAGCGAAUGUAUGGGACGUGGUCGGAGAAUUUGAGAAUAGAAGUUUUCUUAAUUGCAGAAAGGUCGAUUGGUUGCUUUGGAAACAAGUUUUGUUCGUACACUUGGGAGACUUUUGGUUCAUGUCGUUUGUCCUGGGCAUGUGGGAAAUACUCUUGUGGGAGGAAUUGGAGUUCGAUUGAAAAUCGAGGAAAUACACUAAUCACACUAGUCAUAAAGAAAAAGUUAAAAGAGAUAAACUACCAAUUUAACGUAUCCAGUUAUAUCUCACUAUAUCUCGGCGUCGGAUUAAUUUGAAGAAGUCUUUAUCAGAAAGGGGGAAAGAAAAAAAGGACAAGACACAGGCUACCUGUAAAGCAGUGUAUUAAAGGAUUAAGCAUUGCUGGUUCGAGAUAAAAAAAGAGACUAUCGCGAUAAGAGGCGAUCUAACAUUUUACGAUACAAAAUUGCUUGAAUAUCUUAUAUUGCGACGCAAAAUUUGAGAAAAUUUCAUCAACGGAUUAAAAUGAGUAAUGUAAACGGAACGAGUAAUUCAAACGGGCAUGUGGACAAACAUUCAGAGGCGAAGAUGGAGCCUGACAUUGCGGAAGAAAAAAGGCGGGGGAAAAAAGGAGUCACUUAUCAGAUAAUUAUGUCUUUGUGUGCAAAUUCCUCUGUUUUGGGCCCAGCCAUGGCUUUCGGUUACAGUGCUGUGGCACUGGGGCCAUUAAUGGCGCCCAUGAGUGACGUCAAAAUUGAUAAGGUUCAAGCAAAUUGGAUAGCCACCGUGACGGCGCUGGGAAUUCCGUUUGGCUGCAUAUUGUCCAGUUACACCAUGAGACGCGGAAGGAGACUGAGCCUGCUGACAACAUCAAUCGUCUCGGUUGUCGGCUGGCUUGUCAUUUACUUCUCUGGGACAUACGAACAGAUCAUUGUGGGCAGAAUAAUUUCCGGAAUCGCGACCGGUUCGGCCUCGGUCCCGGCGACUGUUUACAGCGCGGAAGUCGCCUCUCCGAAGUGGCGCGCCACAAUGGUCACAUGGACCAGCGUGGCCAUUGCCGUCGGUGUCCUGAUUGUUUACGUUUUCGGCUACCUGUUCAAGGACAACUGGCGAUUGGUGGCUUUGAUGUGUGCCCUAUUCCCACUGCUCUCGGGCACGGUGACCUUGGCCGUCGUCCCAGAAACCCCGAUCUGGUUGCGGGACCGAGGUCGUCUAGACGAGGCGCUGGAGUCCCUGAAGAGAUUCCGCGGCAUUCCAAAAAAUACACCCCCCUCGCCGGAGCUGCUGCAAGAACUGCGACGACGACCGCAGAAGAAGAAGCAGAACCUGCUGAAACAUCUGCUGAAGAGGAACGCGUUGGUGCCGUUCACCAUUAUGCUCAGUUAUUUCUUCUUCCAGCAGUUCUCCGGGAUCUUCGUGGUGGUCUAUUACGCGGUGGAUAUUAUUCGAAGCGCUGGUAUUACGAUAGACCCUUAUCUAGGGGCGGUUCUGAUAGGAUUCACCAGGUUGGUGGGCAGCGUACUGGUGGCCUGCAUGUCCAGGAAAUUCGGACGACGAAUACCUUCGAUCGUUUCCGGUUUAGGGAUGACGAUCUUCAUGGCGAUACUGUCCGUUUAUCUAGUGAUGGACGAUAAAGGUUACGUCAUAAAGGAUGGUGGUAUGAUACCGGUAAUUUGUGUGCUUAUGUAUAUAUUUACCAGCACCCUUGGCUUCCUGGUGGUUCCUUUCGCUAUGGUGGGUGAGGUUUAUCCCCCGAAGGUGAAGGAAGUGUUGACAGGACUGACCACCUGCGUAGGAUACAUCUUCAGCUCGAUCACCGUUAAAACUUAUCCGGAUAUGGAGGCCACGAUGGGCAGACACGGUGUGUUCAUCUUCUUCACGGCGUUGUCGCUGUUAGGCACGUUGUUCGUUGCGUUCUUCCUGCCUGAAACCAAAGGCAAAACCCUGAUCGAGAUCGAAGAAAUGUUCUCCAAGAAGAAGGACGCUGUCGAUCCGCAGGAGAAAGAGAGGAUGGUGGACCUGAAAGACGUUACUGCAGGAGUAUAGACUCUCUUGUGAUUUCACUUUGUUCGAAAAAAUGUGGAAACUAAUUGUUAAAUUAGUUCUUGUUUGAAUUGGAAAUUUAGACUGCUGCUCGAAGCCGGCGUCUCUUUUUAAAAAGCUUCGACAGUCGAUCGAGGAUAGAAUUUGAGCCUGAAAAAAGAAAGAAUGUGAUUAGAUACUGCUCGAGAAUGUUUAAAAUCGAUUUAUAUUAUGGAAUUUGUGAGAGCAGUUUAUAAUUUCUUAAUUGCUUUGUCCCAGUUGGGGCAAGAGAUAAUAAAAGAUGAUAAAAGAUUGCGAAUACUACCUAGAAAUAUUUGGGAUUUAUAAAAAGUUUUGUGAAGAAACGAAUUUGCAUUUAAACUAGUCCAGUAUACGUUUGGAUACAAAAUUGUACUAGCUAUGUCUCGCUUAAAAAUAGUAUUGCCAUACGUAUGUGCAGCUUUUUUUAUUUAACAAAUUAACAUUAAUACGUGAAAUUACCAUGCUAACAAUGAUUAUCUGCCGUCUGUGUUCACAUACUUUUACUAUAACUUAAGAAUUAUUUAAUAUUAAAUCAAUGUUAUACUACUAUCAGGGCAUAUUAAGUAAAAGGAAACAUUUUUAUACCGUUAAGAAGGUGUUUAAUAUUAUAAAAGACACUAAUCUUGUAUAAUGUUGCGUUUUGUAACAUCGAUAAUUUACAAAUAAAUUAUU